AUGCGCCCUCGUCGAAUGCCACCUCGAAGAUCACCUCACGAUAUAGCCUCCGACAACUAUGAAGACUCCUUCCUCGAUCCAGCCACCGGGGGAGGACGCAGUUGGAAGACCGAACGAGGACUGCUGCCACAGUACAUCGAAGAGUAUGUGGAGCCUAUGCUUUUGAUGAGCCUGUUCCAAAGAUCAGAAGAACGGCUAGGGGAUCAAGUCAAGUUGUUUCUGGGAGAAAAAGAUCCCGGGGAUGUGAAAUCCUUCUGGGCAGAACGUACCGUGCUGGAGUGGGGUUGGGUUGCGGGUCGAGCUGAGAAGUGGUUGCCAGACAGCCCACCUGAAGACCCAGAAACGAAGAUGAUUGUCUUACCGAGGCGAUACGCCUUUGGAAGCAACCGGGAAGUUGAAUUCUAUGUCAAAGGGGCAAGUUUGUAUAGCCAGAACGCCUACGACGAGACUCGAGAUUUCGGAAGAAAGCCACGAGAAGAGGGCAGGCCUAGGACUGCUGUCGCCAUCAAUGGAAUCAAUAGAAGAAUACAUAUGGCCAUUGGGAGUAGAAUAACGAAAGCCUCUUGGCGUACAGAUUCAACUAACUGCAGGAGGACUUUCUUGGAUUCUGGCUUUGGUAGCUGCAACGGAUUGAAGCAUUCUUCGAAGUUCAAAGAGCGCUUAAAUAGUCGGGGCGGGCCUGUUGUCGAGCACAGCUUCGGCUCAACAGUAUGCACUUGCGUUAGAGCCGCUUUGUGGGGGAUGAACGUUUGGCUUCGUGAAGCGCGACAAUGGCUCAUCGCUACAAACAACAAGCAGAACGGAGACUUCUUGAAGGUCACCAGAUAUUGGAGGAUCAACCUACCUGCAGCAGCACUGCUCGGCGGAAGGUAA